AUAACUAAGCUCACAGCAAUGACUGACAGGCAAGAUAGGCAAAAUGAAGAUGAUGACUGUUUUUUUACAGUCGCUGCCAUACAGGCUAAGCAACAGAAAUAAUCAUGAGUAUGCGGUUACUAACAGCUCUGAUGAUGGAGAAUUGCCUGUGCUAACCAAUGGCCAGCCACUGAGGAUGCUAAUAGACUCUGGGGCCACAUGCAUCAUUGUGGUCACAGAAACUUUCAGUUGCAUACAAAAUCAGUCAUACAUGUAGAUCUGAAACAGACUAAGAGAGUGUUCCCAUAUGGUUCUAAGACACCACUUGAAGUUGAAGGCCUUUUUACAGUCAACAUCAAAGCAGUUGAUGGAUUGGAGUCAGCUCUAAGAAUGUGCUACUGGUGAAGAACGCACAGACGUGUGUGCAAGGGAGGAAGACAGCAACGACAUUGGGGCUCCUCCACAUAGGACCCAAAGCACACAUAAACAGAAUCCAGACAGAGGACACAGGUGCAUUGAUGUCUGCAUGGCAAGAGCAAUACAAAGAAUGUAUUGGGAUAACACAAAGAUUUUCAUUAGAGCUCCAUGUAUAUACCAGUAUCAAACCUGUGGCACAACCAGUACGCAGAAUACCAUUCAGUGUAAGGAUACACGUUGAAGAGAAACUGAAACAGUAUGAGGAGAUGGAUGUUAUUGAGAGAGUGGAUGGACCCACCCCAUGGGGUCGCAGUGCAUAACAGCAUGAAAAAGGUAAUGCUUUGUGUUGACAUGUGCAGAGCAAAUGAGGCCAUAGUGCGAGAGUGACACCCCAUUCCAACCAUAGAUGAGAUACUGGGUGGCAUGAAUGGUGCUACAGUUUUCUUAAAGUUGGAUCUCAAGUGGGGACAUCAUCAGAAUGAACUGAAACCUGAGUCUUGCUUUCUGACGACAUUCGUUACACACACAGGUUUAAGGCACUACAGGUGGUGAUAUUUGGUGUAUCAUCUGCUCCUGAGACGUACCAACAUAUCAUUGGACAAGUCCUCCAAGGCGUCCCAGUGGUCCACAACAUGCAGGAUGACAUCAUUGUGACUGGAGAAACCAGGAAAGUGCAUGAUGAGAGACCGCACCAAGUCUUGAGAAGACUUCAGGAGAAGCAGUUGACUCGACAGCGAAAAAUGUGAAUUCUGCAGAGAGAGACAGAGCUGGAGUGCAUGGGUCACAUUCUUUCCAAGAAUGGCAUCACAGCAGCAAAGUCAAAAGUGGAGGCAUUAGAGAAUACACGCCGACCAACAAACGCAGCUGAAGUACAAAGCUUCUUGCAGCUAGUCAGUUACUGGCAGAUUUAUCCCCAAUCGGGGGACUAAUGCUGCACCUCUAAUAAGACUCACAAAGAUGUCAAGCAAGUGGAUAUGGGGAAAAGUUCAAGAAACAGCAUUUGUGGAGCUAAAGAGACAGUUAGCUAGCUUUCAUGCAACCAAGAUGCGGAGACACAUGUGAUCGUAGAUGCUAGUCCAGUGGAGCUUGGAGCCAUUAUGAGCCAGAAGCAAGCAGAUGGUGCACACAAACCUGUGUACUACGCCAGCCGAGCUCUGACUGAUGUAGAGCGGCACUCGCCAUAGUGUAGGUGUGAAAAAAAUUCCUUGUGUUUCUCUAUGGCAAGGACUUUUUGAUGUCCUUACAGUUAGAACACAACCAGAAGCGAAGCCUUGGCAAACUCUCACCAUGAACUUAUUUGGACCAUUUCCAUCAGGAGAACACCUCCCUGUGGUGACUGAUUAUUACUCCAGAUGGGUGGAGGUUACUGUGCUUACAAGUAUCAUCUCAGCAAACGUAAUCAAAGCUCUGAGACAAAUCUUUUCAGUUCAUGGGCUCCCAGAAUGCAUUGUGACUGACAACGGUGCUCCUCUCCUUGCAAGUGAGAUUAAAGCCUACCUGAGAAAAAAUGGUAUUGAACACUGAUGCAUUACUCCAUACUCCAUACUGGCCUCAAGUGAAUGGGGAGAUCAAAAGACAAAACAAAACACUUUGCAAGGCCAUUCACACUGCUCACGCAGAGGGAAAAGACUGGCGCACUGAGCUACAGACGUUUCUUAUGGCCUACAGGAGUAGCCCUCAUUGUACUACAGGAUGUAGUAGCGGAGAUGUUAUUCAAACACCAGAUCAGAACCAAGCUGCCUGAGCUUCUACUGAUCAGCCAGCAGGUGAACUUUAUGACUCUGCCUUACGGUUCACUGAUGCUGCGAGGAAGGAGAAAGGCAGAGUGGAUGCUAACAGAACCAGAAGAGCAACUGAUAGCAAAAUCCAGCAAGUUUCCCAGGAGUCCCUGGCCUAGGCAACGCCACAAACACAAUUUCCGUAAUGUUAUUAGCAGCAUGGAUGAAGGAGGGAAAGUCCUGGCUGUCAAAACCACCUUAACGCCGCCGCGAAGAAAACACGACCCGACACAUGACAGAUUCUUAGGGUCUGAUGAAGCUCUCAAUGAAGAUGAGAUUUUUAUUGGAACAGGGUGUCAAGCCCUCACAAGGAAAUGUAAUGAUGCGAAGGACAUGGGUCAAGUUUACCAUUUGCAGGGGAAAAAAAAAAUCUUGGAUCUCUUCUCCUUCGUUUUGUGACGGUGGGGUCACAGCUCCACCCAUCUGGGUCUAAACUGGAGACAUCGGGUGUCAGUAGGUGACAGACAGGGUCCACAGACUUGAUCACGGAUGAACAUGUGUGUAUGUGCGUGGGUGGAGGGGUUGACACACACGCGCUGCACCUCUCUCAGCUGACUCUGAGAAUAUGUUUGCGUGGGACAAGUCCACCAAGACCCAUCCAUCAACCGGGUCCAAAUACGCCCUGCGCCACUGUUGACAUGGGGUUAACAACUUGACACUGACAGAGGUGGGCGAGGCCCGCGGCAGAAUGGAGACCGAGACAGAGAGAGAGAUGGAUUGGACUGUGAUCGACAUUCAAUUUGAAUUAUUGCAAAUGUUUCCAUUUAGCAGAAAAUUGAGUACAUUAUCAAGUGUACAUGCUGCUGGACAAGUGAGAGUGAUUUUCCUGAGUGUUGCACAGGGAAACUAUUUGAUCAAAACAUGCACCAACUGCAUCCAUUCCUAGUGUCUGUUCAAGCAGCAGAAGUGAAAACAAGCACUAAUCAUGAGCUUGUCCUUACUUCAGAGUAUUGCUUUUGGACUGAAUAGACAAGCUCAUGAAGUUGGCCGCCAGAGAUGAGUAAUGUUGGAAUUGUUCAUGAAGACAUUAAACUUCCUUCCUCUCAGUAAUCAACGUGCAUUAUUACACAUUAAACAUGCACUAAUGUACAAGUGAUCAAUUCUGUGGUAAGACAAUAACCAGAAAGUGAUUAAAAACUUUUAGGGUGCAUUGAUUUAAAAACUACUUUGCGGGCUACAUGGAAAAAAACACAAGCUGCACAUAAAGUUGUAAAUCAGGGCCGACGAGCAGAUCAGGAUGCCGGGAAAGUUCCUGUCCAAUAGACGCUGAGAUUGUAAAGUAAAUCUGAGCGGCUGUGGCAGGGAUGCAGGUGGAGGAAAGCGCAAGGGAAAUGUAGCGUAAUCUCAGCCUCAGCCACGUUAUCGGCUGGGCUUUUUAACACAGGGGCCAAUUUAAUUGCACUUAAAGCAGAAUGGCAGAACAUCAAUCUUGAUGAGUGGAUCUGCAUCACAGUUCUCCCAGGCCAAUCUAUCACUAUCUAUGCCUCUGGGUAGCCUCCCCCCAACACUAACACACUCAUACAUGCCCAUACUCCCUCCCUGUCCCAUCUGCACGUUCCCAUCAUGGACAAAAAAAAAAAAAAGAAAAGAAAUCUUUUUAGAAAACCAUACACUCUCUUAUCUAUUGUUUGAAUGUUAUCUUGGAUCAUGUUUGGAGAAGCAAAUAAUAAGCCUGAACAUUAUUUCCAUGUUAGAGCAAGUUUAUUUAUCUUUAAAGGAUACAGCUGGUCAUAUUCUCUAUUUUGUUAAAACCAACAAUCAACAAAAUAAAAAAAUCCUAAAGCAGCAGGGCACUGUAGUUUUUAGCAAACGUUACUCAAACAGGAGUAAAAUCGUGUAUUUGUUGGGGACUAUUUUCAGUGGCAGAUUUGGUGCAGUAGUGAGUAUUUACAGCUGCAGGACAAUGUGUGUGGCAUUGACUCAAAAUGAAUUACAGUGUCCAUGUUCAUUGCAUUGUCAGCCAGUGCAACGGUAUGGCUUUCUGAUGUGUUUUUAUUCGUUUCUGGACAACAGUGGAGGUUUAUGGCACAGAGGAAUACACUAUAUCAGGUUUUGGUUACACAAACAGUUCUUGUUAGUUGGAUCAAGUCAGUGUUGGUUCUGGUAUUUUCAUGGGAUUUGUUGACAAUAAGAAGAAAUAUGGAGUAUCACCCUUUAAUACUCCAUGCCCUGUGGGAAAUAGAGCCGUUUUCAGAUGUACAUUUGUAAUGUUGCAGCAUGAUAUUAAGGCCUGUAUGGACAUGUCUACGCCUCUAAACAGAAAUCUUUCCUCCUCUUUAGGAAUUAACACACAAUGCUUCUGUCCCCUGGGUAGAAUCAGUGAUUAAACACUGAUGUUCUAAAUGUGUGUUGCACUAUUUUUUGUAAUUAUUCUCAUUCAGAUUAUAAAUUAGUUCAAUCUUUUGGCCCGCAUAGCAAACGGCACUAAACAAUGUCACAUUUACUGGUGAAGUAAAUGUAGGGUAAAUAGAUACAAGCAUUAGGGCUUAAGCCAAUAGUUCUGUGGUUAGAGAACAGUAACUACCUCCUGUGCCAUAAGCAUCUUGAACUCUUAGUGGCCAUAGAACACUUAAAUACAGAGAGCUCUGGCUUCAUCAAGGCCAUAAAGCAUGAAGAGGACUUAUCUAGCGUUGAAAGUGAGGGACAGAGCAUAUAGAGGAGUAAUGAUCCCUUAAUGCGGUGGCCUCUCUCUCUCUCAACCUCUCGCACUCUUUCUGUCCCCCCCCCCCUCUCCUCCCACUCCCAACUGCUACAUUAGCAGGGAUAAUAAAUGAGACUCCGGCAUCACAAGCAUAAACUUUUUAUGACCCACCUAACCAGCCUUAUCAAAUGUGGAUGUGAUUAC